AUUGCAUGUCAUAUAUACCUAUUUGUUUUGAUGUAGCAACAAAGAGCUUUAAACAAAAACCCUGAUCAGUAGACUACCAGCAAUUCGAGUAGACGUUGCAAAAUUGUACAGAAGAUGAAAAUGUGCGGCUUGUAUUAAGACGAACCUACCUCACGUGCACUCACGCUUCUGAAGCCGAUCGUUGCAACAUCCUCGUCUCUUGUAAUAUUUACUCUGACCACCGAACAGCGGUAGUUUUCGCUUUCAAAGCGUCGGGUCAGAUUGUUUACCGUUUUAGCUGUAUCUGCUAAAUGUCUGCGAAGAUAACUAUUGAAAUAUUCUAUUGCGUGCUGCAAUUGAAUGCUGUAGCGUUUCUCGUCAGUCUCGCUGAGCCUCAAUGCAGUCCUGAAAUCAUCGUUGACCACGGGAAUAUCAUCUCUGAAUUAAACCAGGAACAUGGAAUUUGCAGGGACGGGCAAUUCGAGUGUCGAAACGGUGAGUGCAUCGAGGAUCAAUUUCUGUGCGACGGAAGAGCCGACUGUUCGGACCAGAGCGACGAGACUCGGUCCGAAUGCUCGAAGCCAGAACUGACUUGCCCGGAGUCGGCAUUCCGCUGCGAUUACGGUGCCUGCGUCAACCAGGAUACGGUUUGCAACGGCGUCAAGGAUUGCCUUGACAACAGCGACGAACUCCUUGAGGAGUGUCCGAAACCUCCAUCGCGGCGCAGGCGUCCGGUUUACUUGAGAAUUGAUGACUUAGAAAACUAUCGAGAUAUAACGCCAACGCGUCGUGAGGCUCUGUACGAAAUCAGGGGUCAAACGAGAGGAAGAACGCCGGCGUUACGCAGAGGCCAGAUACGAAGUCCGAGGCCAUUGAAACCGUCAACAGCGCUGACCCCCUUCAGCGCUUUCGAUCCAUUGAUACCACUGAUGUACUCGUUCUGCAUUGUGCCGUCGCAGCCCCCAAAUGGACGAUGGAGGCUUCAUAGAAGAUUUUGCCAAGGCGACGAAGACUGCGACAUUCCUCAGGGUGUCGCGUUGAAGCCUGGUAGCCAGCUGGUAUACUCAUGUGCUGCAGGUUUUAGAGCCAAGGGAAACACCGACGUUUAUUGUGGAUCCGGAGGAAAGUGGUCGCGAAUUCCCGUUUGCAUAGCUAGCACAUGCACUCCCUUGAACUCGAUUUCAAGGGCAGCUACUUGUUCCCGUUUUGGGGAGCGCGUCAGCUGCCUGGCCCCCAUUCUUCCACUCACAACAGCGACGGUUACGUGCCGAUUGAAUUAUGGAUUGGAAUCGAAUCCCGUGCCGACCCUCGUUGAACAGGAUGUCGAAUGCAGUUUGGACGGAAGAUGGGAGCCAGAGCCCAUAACGUGCCGCCCAAUUUGCGGUUUGGAAAAUCGUUCUGGACAGAAACAGGUAACAGUUAACGGGGUUCCUGUAGAAGCUGGGGGUUUUCCUUGGCACGCGAAUCUUUGGAAAGAAAUCACCUCCCCCAGAGGACCCGAGCUCGAGUUCCGAUGCAGUGCGACCAUUGUUCAGUCCAACUUCGUGCUGACCGCAGCUCACUGUGUCCUCGAUGAAACAUCAGGGGCACCCGAAAACCCUGCGCGUCUUCGGGUCACCGCGGGAAAUGUUUAUCGGGAUCCAAAUGAUAUCACAAACAUUCCAUGGAUCGUUCAGAAGGUAAAAAACGUGUACAGAUAUUGCGAGUACUUCGGCCUGGUGCACAGUUACGCCUCGGACAUAGCGCUGAUCGAGCUGUCGGAGCCUUUCGAAUUAUCAACUGUAGUUCUUCCCGCUUGUCUAGACAUCUCGAGCCAUAGUGAAGAAGCUUUCCAAAAUGGUGUUAUAGGAAAGAUUAAUGGAUUCGGUAGAAACUCUAUUAAAGAGUCUAGCCCGAUACUUCAAACUCUGAAAGUCACUCAUGUGUCCAACAACGAGUGCAAAAUGUCGUACAGUGGAUAUGGAGGCGAAGUGGUAAUCAACAAUGACGAGUUUUGCGGUAUUUAUUCUAACGAAACGACUGUCUGUGACUGGGACUCGGGGGGUGGGUUGGUGGUGCGAAAAGACGGACUAUGGCACCUGAUGGGAAUUUACAGCGUGGGUCUUCGCCCUACUUCGGUGCCAACAACCGGCACAAAUUGUCAUGACAAUCCGUACUCAGUGUAUACCAAGAUCUCCGCCUACGCAGCGUGGAUUCAAGACGUUUUCUUUCAAUUGGAGCGAUACAAGUCUUAUCCUGUGUGCAGUUUCUACAUUCCAUCAGUACUAACGACUACCGCACCGUCGACUGUACCACCGUUCGUUACGUGGAACGCUACAUGGGGUACGACCACUACUUCAACGCCAACGCCAACGCCACCACCUACGACCACGACGACGACGACGACGACGACGACCACCACGACCACUCCGAAGCCCUUCAAUAUACGAAUGCCGGAAAAUGUAGAAGACAUAUCCUGUCUGGUACCACCGCAGCCUGCCAAUGGAGAAUGGAGGCUUCUCUGCGAGGAGAACAAGAACUGCAGUAUUCCUGAGGGUGCUGCAUUGGCACCCGGAAGUCAGCUGGUAUACAGAUGCCUAAAUGGAUUUCGAAUCAAGGGGAGUCCUGACGUUUUUUGUGGACGGCAGGGACGCUGGUCAGCUAUACCCACUUGCAUUGAGAUCACCUGCCCCUCUCUGGAGUCUGUUUCAAGGAUGGUGACUUGCUAUCGAUUGAAUAGUUGGACGCCGUGUGGUUCUUCAGUUCUACCAAACACCUCGGCUUUACUCUCGUGUCGCCCUGCUUUCAAGGAGGAUCCGAGUCUAUCGAAGAUUGGCAGUAAAACUGUGAAGUGCAAUAUGAUCGGCGAGUGGGAGCCCAACCCGAUUACCUGCAUUCCAGUGUGUGGAAUACCAAACACCCGAUUGACUCCGACCGUAGUGAACGGCACAUCGGCUGAUAUCACACAAUUUCCAUGGCACGCGACAUUGUACAAACAAGAAAUACCGUUUCAGGAUCCUAAAAAGUUCCAGUGCGGUGCCACGAUAAUCCAGAACAAUCUUCUACUGACCGCCGCUCAUUGCGUUUAUGAUGAAACAUAUAAGACGGUUCAGAAGUCUGAAAAGUUUCACGUGGUCACCGGAAACAAGUUCCGGGAUUAUGACUCUAAGAAUCACGAUCAAAGGAUAGUUCAGAAAGCAAUGGUGAAAAACAUCUAUGUCCCUUGCGAGUACUCUGGACGCGCGGGCAAUUACGAUUCUGACAUCGCGAUCCUGGAGUUGCGCGAGCCGUUUCAGCUGUCCGGUAUCUUAAUCCCGGCUUGUAUGGAUAUCUUGGGUAACAACGAUCAGUUGCUGGAAACCGGCUCAGUCGGAAGAUUUGCUGGAUUUGGUAGAACAGAAAGUGGCUUGUCAAGCGCGAUUCUCUUGACUACGAACAUCCCCUACGUAUCGUAUAGCGAAUGUAGAAUGUCCGCCGUUACCGAGGAUAACAAAGUGCUUAUUGGAAGGGACAAGUUCUGUGGCGGGAAUCGAGACGGGACGGGAUCUGUUUGCCAAGGAGACAGCGGUGGUGGUCUGGUAUUUCAGAGUGAUGGAAUGUGGAGUGUCAUGGGAAUUUUGAGUGUCAAUUUAGAGGCAGAUACGUCGAACGGAGAGAAAACCUGCGACGCUAAAGCUUACUCCCUUUACACCAAGGUUUCCUCUCACAUGGCGUGGAUUCGGAAUGUCAUGACUCACCUAGAGCGCGACAAAACUUACCCGUCGUGCGAAUUGUCUGCGACGAUGACGGUGAAGAUAUUCUAUUUCGCCCUGCAUUUAAAUGCAGCGUUUCUCCUCAGCUUUGCAAGGCCCGAUUGCAUUACCGAAAUCGCCAUCGCCAAGAGCAAGGCUCUGGUUGAGGUCGUCGACGUUCAGAAGAUUUGCGAGGACGGCCAAUUUGAGUGUCGAAACGGUGAGUGCAUCGAGGAUCAAUAUCUGUGCGACGGAACAGCCGACUGUUCAGAUCAGAGCGACGAGACGCGGUCCGAAUGCUCGAAGCCAGAACGGAUUUGUUCGAAGUCGGCAUUCCGCUGCGAUUACGGUGCCUGCGUCAACCAGGAUACAGUUUGCAACGGCGUCAAGGAUUGCCUCGACAACAGCGACGAACUCCUUGCGGAGUGUCCAAAACCUUCGCAGAAACGCGAGUUGUUAAUUCACGUGAGAAUUGAUGACGAGGCGGAAAAUCAUUACGUCGAACAGCCUGAAACUUUGCCUGGCAAAAAAGAAACAAAGCCAACGCGUCGUAAGGUUAUAUACAAAGUCAGGCGUCCAAUGAUGAACAGGGUGCUGGCAAUUGCAUCCGAUAGCGAGGAUUCGAAACCAUUGACACCGUCGACAUCGCUGGGAGUUUCAACGAUCAGGACAUUGAAUUACUCGUCCUGCAUUGUGCCGGCGCAGCCUCUGAACGGGCAGUGGCGGCUUCAUCGUGAUUUUUGCCCGGGCAACGAAGACUGCGAUAUUCCUCAGAGUAUCGCGUUGAGGCCUGGUAGCCGGCUGGUAUAUUCGUGUGAUACAGAUUUCGGAGUCAGAGGAAGCGCCGACGUUUAUUGUGGAGCCGGAGGAAAUUGGUCACCGAUUCCCGAGUGCAUCGUCACCACAUGCACACCAUUGAACUCAGUUUCAAGGGCGGCUACUUGUUCCCGUCUUGGGAAGCGCGUCAGCUGUCAGAACUCCAUUUUGCCCCGUACAAAGGCGAAGGUUACGUGCCGGGUAAAUUAUGGACUGGAAUCGAAUCCAGUGCCGACCGUUGUUGAACAAGAUGUUGAGUGCAAUCAGAACGGAAGGUGGGAGCCGGAGCCAAUUACAUGCCGCCCAAUUUGCGGACUGGAUAAUCGUUCCGGUCGGAAGCAGGAGACAGUAAACGGUAUCUCUGUAGAAACUGGGGGUUUUCCUUGGCACGCCAAUCUUUGGACGGAAAUCAGCUCCGAAGGGAGAGUCCAGCACGCAUUCCGGUGUAGUGCGACCAUUAUUCGGCCCAACUUCGUGCUGACCGCAGCUCACUGUGUUUUGGAAAGAACAUCAGGGGCAUCCGAAAACCUUGGGCGUCUUCGAGUCACUGCGGGAAAUGUUUAUCGGGAUCUGAGUGAUCUCCACAGCGUUUCGUGGAUCGUUCACAAGGUGAAAAAUGUGUACAGAAAUUGCGAGAACUCCAACCUUUUGCCCAACGAUACCUCGGACAUAGCGCUGAUCGAGUUGUCGGAGCCAUUUCAGUUCGCGACUAAAAUACUUCCCGUUUGUCUGGACGACUCGAGGCAAAGUGAACUAGUUUUCGAAUCCGGCGUCCCAGGAAAGAUCGAUGGAUUCGGUAUAAAUUCCGUCACAGCAUCUCGCCCGAUACUUCAAACUGUAGAAGUUAGUCAUGUGUCAAACAGCGAGUGUAGAACGCCGUACAACGACUCUGGGAUUCAAGUGAUAAUAAAGAAUGACGAAUUAUGCGGUGCUUAUUCUAACGAAACGACUGUGUGUGACUGGGAUACUGGGGGUGGGUUGGUGGUGCAAAAGAACGGACUGUGGCACCUCGUAGGGAUCUAUAGUGUGGGCUUUCACUCUAGUUUGGUGGAUUCAACCAGCACGAACUGUGGUGAAAAUCCCUACUCGCUGUACACCAAGAUAUCUGCCUACAUACCGUGGAUCGAAGACGUUUUCUUCAAGUUGGAGCGAUACAAGUCUUACCCUGUGUGCAGUUUCUACAUCCCACCGCGGAUUCAACUAUCGCAGAACACCACUUAUCCCAUAACACCCGUCCAAUCAUCGCCAAAUUUAACCGAUCCCAUAACACCAUUCCAGUUAUCGCCAAACGGAGCCAAUCCCAUAACAUCAUUCCGAUUAUCGCCAAAUGGAGCCAAUCCCAUAACACCGUUCCAAUCAUCGCCAAAUGUAGCCAAUCCCAUAACACCAGUCAUAUCAUCGCCAAAUGGAGCCAAUCCCAUAACACCGUUCCAAUCAUCGCCAAAUGUAGCCAAUCCCAUAACACCUGUCACAUCAUCGCUAAAUGGAGCAAAUCCCAUAACACCGUUCCAAUCAUCGCCAAAUGUAGCCAAUCCCAUAACACCAGUCACAUCAUCGCUAAAUGGAGCAAAUCCCAUAACACCGUUCCAAUCAUCGCCAAAUGUAGCCAAUCCCAUAACACCUGUCACAUCAUCGCUAAAUGGAGCAAAUCCCAUAACACCGUUCCAAUCAUCGCCAAAUGUAGCCAAUCCCAUAACACCAGUCACAUCAUCGCUAAAUGGAGCAAAUCCCAUAACACCGUUCCAAUCAUCGCCAAAUGUAGCCAAUCCCAUAACACCGGUCCAAUCAUCGCCAAAUGUAGCCAAUCCCAUAACACCGGUCGAGCCGUCGCCGUCGCCAGCAAAGUCGCCGAUGAUGAUGAUGAUGCCAACUCCUGAUUUGGUUGAAAUGCAAAUGCCGCUAAAUGCACCAAGCGUACCCUGUGUGAUACCACCACAGCCUACCAAUGGGAAAUUUAGGAUUGAUCCAGCUCUCUGCAAUGGAAAAACCGAUUGCAGCCUUCCUGAGAGUGCUGCACUGGGACCCGGAAGUCAGCUGGUAUACAGUUGCUUACCUGGGUUUCGAAUCAACGGGAGUUCAAACGUCUUCUGCGGAUUGAACGGAAACUGGUCAGCAAUCCCAUCCUGCAUUGAGAUCACCUGCCCCUCGCUGGAUUCUGCAUCGACGAUAGUGACUUGCUAUCGGUCGAAUAGUUAUACACCGUGCAACUCUUCAGCGUUACCAUAUACCACGGCCGCACUCAUAUGUCGACCUGCUUAUACUGAAGAUCCGAGUCUUGCAAAAGCUGGCAGUAAAUUUGUGAGUUGUAAUGCGAACGGCGAGUGGGAGCCCAACCCUAUAAGUUGCCUUCCAAUGUGCGGAAUACCGAAUACUCAGUUCACCCCCACCGUGUUGAGUGGAGUCCCCGCUGAUAUCUCACAAUUCCCGUGGCACGCGACGUUGUACAAGCAAGAGAAGCGGCCCGAAGGUCCAAAGAUGUUUCAGUGUGGCGGAACGAUAAUCCAAAACAACCUUGUGCUCACCGCCGCUCAUUGUGUUUAUGACGACCAAUUCAAGACGGUUGAAUUGGCUGAAAAUUUUUACGUGAUUACGGGAAACAAAUUCCGAGAUUACGACUCUCCGCUUCACGAUCAACGGGUUGUACAGAAAGCCGCGGUGAAAAGCAUCCACAUCCCUUGCGAGUAUUUUGGCUUGAACGGUAAUUACAAUUCUGACAUCGCGAUCCUCGAGUUGCGGGAGUCGUUUCAGCUCUCCGCAAUCUUAAUCCCGGCCUGUAUGGAUGUCGUUGGUAACAACGAGCAAUUGCUUGAGCCUGGCAGGACUGCAAGAAUAGCUGGAUUUGGUGGAACAGAAACUGGCUUGUCGAGCGCAACCCUCUUGACCACGAACAUCUCCUACGUAUCUUACAGCGAGUGCAAAAUGUCCGUUGGUACCCAGGAAGACGUGGGGCUUAUAUCGAACGAUAAGUUCUGCGGCAAAGGCCGAAACGGGGCGGCCGUUUGCCAAGGAGACAGCGGCGGUGGUCUGGUGUUUCAGAGUGACGGAAAGUGGCACGUCAUGGGAGUUUUGAGCGUCAAUUUAGGGGCGAGUACGUUGAAUGGCCAGAAAACCUGCAUACCUAACUCUUACGCCCUCUACACCAAGGUUCUCACCCACAUGCCGUGGAUUCGGAGCGUGAUGACCAGUUUACAAACAUACGAGACUUACUCGUCGUGUGGAUCUGGUCGAUGCUAUCAAAAGCCACAUUCGGAAUGCGGAAUAUCUGACAGUAUCAAGGACAGCUCGGGGCUCACAACAAAAGACAAGUUUUGCGUCGGAGGCCAAAGUGGUAGUAAAAAAUUGUUUCUUGUUUGUAAUCGAGCUAAAUCUAAAUGCAAUUUCAGGGAUGACCGUUUGCCAUUGAGCGUCACUUACGGGAAACUUAUAAUUGAAUGUGAAGUUAUAAUGACGGCGAUAUUCGCUGUUAAACGUGCCGCAGUUUUGACUUUCAUUUGUGUUCUCUUCGCAUUCGAUAAUGCUCAAGAAGUCGUUGGAAAUUCGCUACCGAACGAUGUCAUCGAAAAGAAUCGCGGUGGUGUAGUCAAUUAUACGACUGCCGUCGAGUCGGCCAUCCGUUCUAAAAGAGACACGGAAACAGGAGGUCUAAGACGGCCAUCGCCUUGCCUGGUGCCACCGCAACCAAGUAAUGGUCAGUGGAAGCUUCAUCGAACACUCUGUGACAGCAACAGGGAAUGCGACGUUCCUCAAGGUCUUCAACUCGAGCCUGGUAGUCAGCUGAUUUAUACCUGCAGACCCAACUACAGGAUAAAUGGGAACGCUGCCGUGUUCUGCGGAGUCAAGGGAACGUGGUCUGAAAUUCCCGAAUGUAUCGAGAUAAAAUGCAACGCUUUGAACUCCCCGUCGACGACGGCUUCGUGCUAUCAUUUGGGCAAGUUGGUGAGCUGCGACUCUGCGGUGUCCCCGGGUAUACGAGCCCAAGUAUCUUGUCGUCAGGGAUACAGGACGGAUACGACUUCGUUAACGAGUCGCAGAGAGAUCAUCUUGUGCACUCCGAACGGAACGUGGGAACCGGACCCCAUAAGAUGCAUACCAAUUUGUGGCGUUGCAAUACCCAACCACACCCCAUUAGUACACAAGGGAGAAAAGGCGUCCGUCGGCGACUUUCCAUGGCACGCAACCCUUUACAAGGAGAGGAACACGCGGCAAGGACUCAAAAAGGAGUUUCACUGUGGCGCGACGAUUAUUCAUACCAACCUGGUGAUGACGGCUGCUCAUUGCAUCUACAAUGAGAACAGUAAGACUACGGAGGACCCGGAGAAACUCUUCCUCCUCACUGGAAAUACGUUCCGCGAUUAUGAUUCCCCGCUGCAUGAUCGCAAAAUCGUUCGACAGGCUGAGGUGAAAAAUGUUUACGCACAUUGCCAGUAUUACGGACUGAAUGGAAACUACGCAACCGACAUCGCGCUGCUGGAACUUAAGCAGCCAUUCGAAUUGUCCAGCAUUCUUCAGCCCGCUUGUUUAGACCUUUCUGGGUACAGUGAGCAGACACUGGAGCCUGGUGUUUCCGGAAAAGUUGCCGGUUUCGGUAGGACUGCCGCAGGCGAGACGAGUGCCGUUCUGCAGACUCUGACGCUACCUUACAUAUCGUACAAUCAGUGCAAGUCUUCGAAGAACAAUGCUGAAGCUGAGGUCUUCAUCAGCAAUGAUAAAUUCUGCGCCGGUUAUACGAAUGGAUCGGCUGUGUGCGAGGGUGACAGUGGGGGUGGAUUGGUGUUUCAGAAAAAUGACUUGUGGUACGUUAUGGGGAUCGUCAGCGUUGGUCUCGGCGUAGACAUCAGCAAUGGAGAAAGAACGUGCGACAAAUAUUCUUACUCGCUUUACACCAAAGUCUCGACUUACAUGUCGUGGAUUCAAGACGUGAUUUUCCAUUUGGAGCGAUACAAGUCUUACCAGGGAUGCGGUUCCUACGUUUCGCCGCUACCAACGCCCGACGGAUCGCAUACUCCACGACCGUUUGUGACCCCAACUCCGACGCCGAGCACUUCCACUUCUAGAACUUGGCCGACGCCGACGACAACGACAAAAACGAGCACUAUGGACCCCACUGACUUCCGAAUACCGACAGGAUCUUGUCGGGUACCACCCCAGCCUACCAAUGGCGAACGGAGACUUCAUCCGGCUCUCUGCGAGGCAAACGCGGAUUGCAGUCUUCUAGAGGGCGCAGCACUGGGACCCGGGAGUCAGCUGUUAUACAGCUGCAAACCUGGAUUUCGAAUGAAUGGCAGCCCUGAUGUUUUUUGUAGACUGCAGCUAGGAAAAUGGUCAGCGAUACCCACCUGCAUCGAAAUCACCUGCCCUUCACUGGACUCUACUUCGAUGACAACGACUUGUUAUAGACAGAAUCAAGGGACGCCGUGUGGUUCUACGGUGCUACCAAACACUACGGCUUCACUCGAAUGUCGACCGUCUUACGAGGUGGAUUCGACUCUUCAGAAGACAAGCAGCAAAACUGUGACGUGUAACUUGAACGGCCAAUGGGAGCCCGACCCGAUCACCUGCCUCCCAGUUCCAGUGUGCGGAAUAUUGAAUGCGCAGUCAACUCGAACCGUGGUAAAUGGAAACGUCGUCGAUCUCCCAUAUUUUCCAUGGCACGCGAUGUUGUACAAGCAGAAAAAAACGUCCCAGCACCUCAAGGAGUUCAUGUGCGGUGCAACGAUAAUCCAAAACAACAUUUUGUUGACUGCCGCCCAUUGCGUUUAUAACGAUAUUUCGAAGUCGGUUGAGUUACCUGAAAGGUUUCACGUGAUUAUUGGAAACAAGCUCCGCGAUUAUGACUCUCCGCUCCACGAUUCACGGAUCGUUCAGAAGGCUGCGGUGAAAAGCAUCCACAUCCCUUGCGAGUAUUCCGGCUUGAACGGUAAUUAUGGCUCCGACAUCGCGAUCAUCGAGUUACAGAAGCCGUUUCGACUGUCCGGUAUUUCAACUCCAGCAUGUAUGGAUGCCUUGGGUAUCAAAGAGCAGCUACUAAAAUCCGGCAUGGUGGGAAGACUGGCUGGAUUUCGUAGAACAGGAACCGGCCCGUCAACCGCAACUCUUGUGACUACAAACAACCCCUACAUAGCUCUUAGCGAGUGCAAAAUGUCCAAUAACAACGAAGACAACCUGGAGCUUACAGGGAACGACAAGUUCUGUGUUGGCAGCGGCAACGGAACGGACGCCUGCGAAGGAGACAGCGGUGGUGGUCUGGUGUUCGAAAACGACGGAAAGUGGUACGUCAUGGGAGUCUUGAGCACCUCUUUUAGGCCGUCGAGUGGAGAUGGAACCUGUAAUGGUAACGCUACCUCUCUUUACACCAAGGUUCCCUUCCACAUGUCAUGGAUUCGAAAAGUGAUGUCAAGUUUAGAACAACAUCAAUCCUUUCCACCGUGCAAACCUAAAGCCUGAUAAUCUCAUUUGUUCAUUGACCAUAUUUUAUCAUCAGUCACGUAAAAUAUUCUUGAAGCACGACAAAACUGGCUGUUGUGCAAGAUCGGGUAAUACAGGAACCAAAUAUUCACUCGUAAGGUUGAAUGUUUGAAUAAUAUUUUGAGGGAGCAGAAUGCGCAAAUGUCUCAAAUCCCGAUCAAUAAACAAAUAUGAAUAAA